AUGUCACGUGAUCCCAGUCAACCGCAACUCGAAAAAAUCAUUAUAAAUGGCGAUGUCAAGACAUUUCAAACAAUUCUUAUUGAUCAUCCAAAUAUCGUUAAAAUGAGAGAUGUUCAUGAAACAACACUGUUGAUGGAAGCAGCAUAUCACAACAAUCCAUUAAUAGUGAAAUGCUUGAUUGAUGUUGGUAGUGAUGUGAAUGCUGUGGAUAAAUAUAAAUCGAAUGCAUAUCACUACAGUUAUGAUCAUCAUGAUGUUUUGAAAGUUUUAAUUAAUCAUGACGUCACAAACAUUAACAACGUAAACAGUUACAAUAACACACCAUUACAUCUUGCAUCUGCUUAUGAUCAUAUUGAAUGUGUGAAAUUGCUGUUGUCUAUACCACACAUCGAUGUAAAUAUACGAAACAUUAACAAUGACAAACCAUUACAACUUGCAUCUUGUUACGGUCAUAUUGAAUGUGUGAAUUUGUUGUUGUCUAUAACUGCUUAUGAUGAUACUCGUAAUAACACUAUCAAACAUUUAUUACAAGAACAUUAG